AUACGCGACGAACACUACGCUGUGUGUUUUGUAUGAGAGCCUCUGGUUUAUUCUUCAACAUCAUAUCUCUGUCGUUGUUGCUCCUCUGCGGUGGAAGUGGACUUUCCUGGCAUGAACGAGUGGAGUCCGGUGGCGACGGUGUACGAUGCUCUGAAGGCGGGCAGCAUCGAUGGCACUGAUGUGGAGCCGCAUGACCGGGCUGUGUGGCGUGCCAUGCAGGCCCGGUACCGGCCCAACAAGGGCGUUGGCGGCGACCCUCUCCUCACGCUGUUCGUAGCCCGCCUCAACCAGUACACCGACGAGGAGAAGCUGCAGCAGGUCUUCUCGCAGUACGGGGACAUCCGGACGCUGCGUCUGGUGCGGGACGCCGUCACGGGCUUCUCCAAGGGCUACGCCUUCGUGGAGUACAAGGAGGAGCGAGCCAUCACGCUGGCACGCCAGGAGGCCUACAAGCUGGUGCUGGACCAGCACGAGCUGUUUGUGGACUACGAGCAGGAGAGGACGCUGAAGGGCUGGGUGCCGCGACGGCUGGGGGGCGGACUGGGAGGGCGGAAGGAGUCCGGGCAGCUCCGGUUCGGAGGGAGGGACAGACCCUUCCGGAGGCCCAUCAACCUGCCGCCCAGCUUCCUCCAGGACAGGCCACCCGCCGAGCACCGGUGGGAGAGAGGAGGAGGAGGAGGAGGAGGAGGAGCAGAGAGGGAGGACUGGAAUAAAGACAGACACAGGGGGGAGAGAUCACCAGGCAGAGACUCUGGAUACAUGGACAGGAGAGAGGAGCGGGACAGAGACCGGGAGAGGGGGAUGGGGAGAAGAGAGGAGCAAGAUAGAGGGACAGGGAGGAGCUACAGAGAUAAAGAGUCCUACAGAGAGCGGAGGGAUGACAGAAGAGACGAUAGGAGAGACGACAGGAGAGCGAGGGAUGACCGCUCUGACAGAGACUCCAAAAGAAGGAGGGAUGACAAAUACAGAGAUGACCGGAGAUGAACAUUCACUACUAACUUGAACCCAUAUGAUGGACUUCCUCCAAGUUCAGAUAUCUCUGGGUGGACCUUGAAUGGCCAUCAGAGGCAUCUGGGCACUUUUUUUUUUUUUUUGUGUGUGUGUGUUAGGUCGUAGCCUCUUACUGCAGAUUGGUCCAACAGCGGGCUAUUCACUCUUGGCUGAAAACAUCUAACUUACAUCCUAACAUUGUUAUGACAAUGAAGAGAGUCUUAAGCAACCAAUUAAGACUUGGGUCAUUACCAUUUUGGUGAUAAUAAGGUUAUAACAGCUAAGGGGUUAAAUGAGACACAAAGGCAACACCAAGUUAAAUAUUUCAGUAACUUUAAUUCUGUUGGAGUAUUGUAAUGAGAUCCAUUUGUUGGCAUAUCAAGUUUAAAUGAUUUGUUAUUGAAUUUAGUUGAAAAAGGUAGGUCUGCACACUGCCGAUAAGCUCCAAAAAUAAACUUUAAUUUAAAAAGCAUCGUCACGCUGGAUCUUCAUCAGGCAUAUUGUUAUUGAAUUUAUUCACAAAGAUACACAAACUGCUAUUGUUUUUACAUCCGUGAUCCUUGGGGUCAUUUUAACCCCAGCCACUUAAAUGUCUAAAAAAUCAGUGGAAGCAAAAACAUUUGCACCGGUUUAUGCCUCAGAUAUUUACUGUUGCUCUGUUGUUCUUACUUACUGUAUCAUUGAUUUGACCCCAUUCAAUGUUUAAUGUCUGAAAAAUACAUGAAGUACAU